ACUACUAUAAUAACUACAACAUCUAUAAUCACAAUCUCGGCUCGAGUCAUGAUUCCCAUCGGAGCCCUGACCUCCUCCUUCUCAUUGGAGGGUCACCAGGACCUCAAGAUCCUUCAGCCCUGGUGGGACGUGUUGUGCGACAUGCUCUCCGUGCCCAUGUUCAUGAUAGGCAUCUUUGCCGGGAUGCUGCAGAACAUGAACGAGCGCAUUCUGUGUGUGCCGGUGCCGAGAGGCUUCGACGUGGAUCUGAAGGAGUGGAACGAGACCGUGCUGAGGAAGCUCGUGGCCAACCCCAGGGCCCACACGGUUGGCUUCGACCAGUACCAGUACCGGUUGAUCAACCAGUUCUGCUACGACAACGCGGUGCUGUGGAUCAGCAAAUACUUCCCGCACCUCGUCGUGCUGCACACGCUCAUCCUGACGGCCACCAGGAACUUCUGGUUCAGGUUCCCGGAGACGAGCUCCAAGAUUGAGCACUUUGUGUGCGUGCUGGGCAAGUGCAUGGAUUCGCAGUGGACCACGCACGCCGUGCACGAAGCCGCGCUGGACGGGUUGGCGUCAGCGGCGGCGGCGCUGCAGCCGCCACCCGCCCGCCACGGCGGGGAGCUGCAGCGACCCGAGAUCCGACGAAGCCGCCCCGCCCCCGACUGGCCCCCCCCGGAGCAGAACGAGGGCCGGCGGACGCCAUCGGAUGAUCGCAUCCUGGACAAGAAGGAGGGCGAGCAGGCCAAGGCUCUCUUCGAGAAGGUGAAGAAACUGCGUGCUCACACGGAGGCGAGCGGCGGGCUCCACAGGCUCUACGUGUGGCAGACGGGGGCCCGCUUGCUGCAGGCGCUGGUGGUGCUUGCGUACACCGGUUACGCCGGCCCCAACAUGCGCUACCACAUCCACUGCGUGGAAGACGAGUACAUCACGGGCUACGGAGACUUCUAUUGCGUCCACGGGCUGUGGCGCAUCUUCCGCAUGAUGUGGAUGGCCUACGCGACCACGAUGUGCGUCUACGCGCUCACCUGUGCCUACGUCUUCUACUGGGUGGUGACCGGCAGGCUCAAGGAGUACAGCUUCGCGGAGGCGCGCCAGGAGACGGGGGUGGACGACAUUCCGGACGUGCGCAACGACUUUGCCUUCCUCCUUCACCUAGUGGACAAGUACGACCCCUGCUACGCGUGCAAGUUCUCUGUCUUCCUGUCCGAGGUGAGCGAAAAUAAGCUGAGGCAGGUGAACGUGGAUCAAGCGUGGACCCUGUCGCAUCUGACGGAGCUGCUGGCGAUCAAUGCGCAGGGCGAAAGCGAGCUACAUCUCUCCAAGCUGGCAGCGGUGCCAGUGGACACAUACCGGCUCACUCAGAUACAGGUGCUGACGCUGGACUCGAUGCACGUGACGCUGGGGGCGGCGGUGGUGCAGAUGGUGAAUCUGCACAAGCUCCGGCUGCUGAACUGCACCGUGGGCGUCGACAAUCGCGCACUCGCCUUCCUCAGCGAGGAGCUGCGCCAGCUGGAGGUGAAGUUUGCAAUCAAGGCGGAGGUCCCGGGCUGGCUGCGUGACAUGCGCCACCUGGAGGAGCUGUCCCUGGAGGGGCCCCUGACGCCGGCGCUCCUCAAGCCGCUGGGCGGCCUCAGGCGCCUGCAGGGCCUGCGCCUGACGACCAGCGUCGCCCGCCUCCCGCCCGGCCUGGCCACUGUCGCCAGCGGCGGCGGUGGCCUGCGCGCGUUCGCCCUCGACAACGGCGGCGCGCGCCUCGAGUCGCUGGCGCCCCUGAGCAAGCUGCGCGGCCUGGAGACGCUGCGGCUGACGCGUUGCGGCCUGGAGCCCGCCGAGCUUGCGCGGCCCCUGCUGGCGCUGGGACGCCUGAGCGACCUCGACCUCUCCCGCAACGGCCUCCGCUCGCCGGGCGACGGCGACGACGCGGCGAUGCUGCCGGCGGCCGCCUGCAAGCGCCUCGCCGUCCUGCGUCUCUCGGACAACGCCCUCGCGAGCGUCCCGCGCUUGGCGGCGGCGGGGGGGGCAGGCUCGCUGGCGCUGCGCUCGCUCUUCCUCGACGGGAACCUCAUCGGGGGCGAGCUGCCCGCUGGGCUGUUCCGUCUGCACGGCCUGCAGGUCCUCGACCUGAGCCGCAACGCCAUCGCCGCCCUGCCGCCCGAGGUGCGCCAGCUGACUCGGCUGAGCACCCUCCGUCUGUCGGGCAAUGCCCUGCGGAGUCUGCCUGACGAGUUGUUCCGGUGCGAGGGGUUGCGGACGCUGGCACUCGCCAACAACGAGCUGCGCGAAUUGAGCGGCCUGGUCGGGAGGCUGUCGAGGCUGCGCCGCUUGGAGCUGGUCGGGAACCGGCUGACGGAGCUGCCGGCCGAGCUGGGGGAGUGCGCGGAGCUGAGGCGCGGGGGGCUGCUGGUGGAGGAGGAGCUGUUCGAGUCGCUGCCGGCGCAGGUGAAGGAAGCGAUGCGGGGCGAGCCCAGUGGCGCGACGCAGAGCCCCCCUGGAAGCCGGGAGAGAAGUCCAAGGAACUGAGAGAGAAAUCCGAGAAAGUGAGAACCCGAAGACACCGAGAGACUUUCACCGGCAAUUACAACCGGCAUUGUCAACUCCGACUAUACAGCAGUAGGCAGCGUCAGGGUUGGGAUCGAAGCCACGACCUCCUGUAUAACAGGUGAGGUAGGUAACAUCUCAAUUACCAAGACCUGUAUAACAGGUGAGGUAGUUGACAUCUCAAUUACCAAGACCUGUAUAACAGGUGAGGUAGUUGACAUCUCAAUUACCAAGACCUGUAUAACAGGUGAGGUA